UCAUUGGACCCUUCAAGAUGCCUUAACUCAUCUUCGAAAAGAACCAAAAAGAAAAAAAAGCAAUUCCAACAACCUGUUCGACAAAACUCCCCAUUCAAAAACCCCAAUGGAGUCGAGUAUCUUAGAAUCAAUCGGCCAAGAAAUCAUCGGCGUGAUGUCCCCAGUCUCUCUUUGCAUGCUCUUAGUUGUCCUUCUCGUUUACUCCCUCUCAGAUUCCAACCCUUUCUCUUCUUCCUCUGCUCCCAUCCGUACAGCUGCCAAUCUCGUUUACCUCGAAAAUCCCUCUGAUACCACUGCUCAGAAACUGGAGGGAGCGUUGCUCAAUGCCUUGGUCUUCGUUAUCCUCAUUGCCAUCGUUACCUUUGUUCUUGUGCUGCUUUAUUACUAUAACUUCACUAAUUUUUUGAAGAACUAUAUGCGAUUCUCGGCUUUUUUUGUUCUCGGUACAAUGGGUGGUUCUAUCUUUUUGUCGAUAAUUCAGCAUUUCUCAAUACCGAUUGACUCAAUUACGUGCUUUCUGCUGCUUUUCAAUUAUACCAUUGUCGGGGUGUUAUCCAUGUUUUCUGGUGGGAUGCCUAUUGUUUUGAGACAGGGAUAUAUGGUAUCGCUGGGGAUAAUUGUGGCAACAUGGUUUACCAAAUUGCCGGAGUGGACUACAUGGGUUUUGCUGGUUGCAUUGGCUUUGUAUGAUUUGGUGGCAGUUUUGGCUCCUGGUGGCCCCCUUAAGUUGUUGGUGGAGUUGGCCUCAAGCCGUGAUGAGGAAUUACCAGCUUUGGUAUAUGAAGCUCGACCUACAGUUUCUCGCAAUGAGGGAAAUCCGCGGUCGACUUUGGGGCUUCUUGUUGCUGGAGUUUCAGAUUCUGGGUCAGUUGAGUUGCAGGCUGUGUCAAAUAAUAAUGUCCGCAGAGAUGGGGCUGAAAAUCGUAGGAGUCCUGAGUACACUGCUAUCCAGGUUAGAAAUUUGGAGAAUGUGGAAGGUGAAAGAAAUAGAGAUGAAGGUGAGAGGUCGCCUUUGGUUGGUCAUUCAAGAGAAAGGUAUUCAUCAGAUAGUAACUCAUCAGAAUAUUCUACUGUCAUUCACAAUAGAGAAUCCGAGACUUCUGUGGAUGAGGAAAUGUCUCCUCUUGUUGACCUGUUGGGGAUGGACAAUGAGAGAGAGCAUGAAAGGAGGGAUUCAGUGGUAGCAAGUAGAGGUAUCAAGCUUGGUCUCGGAGACUUUGUGUUUUAUAGUGUUCUGGUAGGCAGGGCAGCCAUGUAUGAUCUGAUGACUGUAUAUGCAUGUUAUCUUGCCAUUAUCUCAGGACUUGGGUGCACUCUUAUUUUGUUAUCUGUGUGCCACCGAGCACUGCCUGCCCUCCCCAUAUCCAUUACAUUGGGUGUCAUUUUUUACUUCUUGACUCGAUUGUUAAUGGAACCUUUUGUUGUUGGAAUGGCAACAAAUUUAAUGAUGUUUUAGCAAUCUGAUUUCUUUUAUAUGACGAGGAGGUGCAAUAUUGUCUGUUCCGGAGAAUACUGAUGAUUUUGUAGGUUCUUUGAUUGCUAAAUGGAAAUUAGUUCUGUUUGCACUCUCA